AUGAAAUCGCAGUUCGCACGUCAUGGAAUCCCAGAUAGUGUAAUAUCGGACAACGGAACGCCAUUUGGAAGCGGAGAGUUUGCAGAAUUCAGUAAAAGUUAUGAAUUCGAGCAUGUUACAUCGUCCCCUAGAUAUGUACAAUCUAAUGGCAAGGCCGAGAACUCUGUAAAGAUUGCCAAACGGCUUAUUCAUAAGUGUGCAAUGGACGGGAAAGAUCCAUUUUUGGCGCUCCUGGAUCUACGCAAUACGCCUACUCAAGUAAUAGGCUACUCACCUGCACAACGAAUUUUUGGUAGACGCACCAAAACGCAAUUACCAGUAGCUGAACAUCUACUCAGACCACGUUCUGCUGACCGCACCAGGGAAAAGCUUUAUGAACGCAAGGAACGUCAGACAUACUACUAUAGUCGAGGAGCUAAGGAGCUGAAACCCUUAUCAGAAGGAGAUACCGUUCGUAUUAGACCUACAGGAAAUGAAAAGGGAUGA